CGCCCCCGCCUGUCUGUGCCUGUGGCGGCCGCUGUCGAUAAAGUUGUUGUUCUGCCAACAUGGCGGCGCCCAUGCAGAUCGCCGGGUCGUGUUCACCUGAGGUGGGAACCGAGGCGUAAGGAGCCGCACCGGCCAGAACCUGUGGGCAGGGCCUCCCACCUGCUGAAGAAUGGCUUCUGUGCGGCAGAGACUGGGUUUCUGUGUCUCUCUUCUGAAAAGGCAGCUAAAGGGAGGGCCAGAUGUGCUCGGUUGGGGAAGGAGAGUCAUUCCGGGAUGUCAAAGAGGAAUUUACAGUGCCACGGGCCAGUGGACGAAAGAGUAUACGCUGCAGACGAGAAAGGACGUUGAGAAAUGGUGGCAUUCACGGAUAAAAGAAGAGGCCUCCAAAACUUCUGAAGCUGAUAAAUCGAAGCCCAAGUUCUAUGUACUCUCCAUGUUCCCCUACCCCUCGGGCAAGCUGCACAUGGGCCACGUGCGCGUGUACACCAUCAGCGACACCAUCGCCCGCUUCCAGAGGAUGAGAGGGAUGCAGGUCAUCAACCCCAUGGGGUGGGAUGCGUUCGGACUGCCUGCCGAGAACGCCGCCAUCGAGAGGAAUCUGCAUCCAGACAGUUGGACACAAAGCAACAUUAAGUACAUGCGGAAGCAGCUGGACCGCCUGGGCCUGUGUUUCAGCUGGGACAGGGAAAUAACCACGUGUUCCCCGGACUACUACAAGUGGACUCAGUACCUCUUUAUCAAGCUCUACGACGCUGGCCUGGCCUAUCAGAAGGAGGCCCUGGUUAACUGGGACCCCGUGGACCAAACAGUGCUGGCCAACGAGCAGGUGGACGAGCAGGGCUGUUCGUGGCGCUCCGGAGCGAAGGUCGAGCAGAAGUACCUCAGGCAGUGGUUUCUCAAGACAACGGCUUACGCCAAGGCCAUGCGGGACGCGCUGGCAGACCUCCCGGAGUGGUACGGAAUCAAAGGCAUGCAGGCCCACUGGAUCGGGGACUGUGUGGGCUGCCACCUGGACUUCACCUUAAAGGUGGACGGGCAGGUCACAGGAGAGAAGCUGACCGCCUACACGGCCACCCCCGAGGCCGUUUAUGGCACGUCCCACGUCACCGUCACUCCCGGCCACAGACUCCUGCACGGGCACAGCCCCCUGAAGGAAGCCUUGCGGAAGGCACUGGUCCCCGGCAGAGAUUGCCUCACGCCCGUGACCGCCGUGAACCUGCUCACCCAGCAGGAAGUCCCUGUCGUCAUCGCGGCCGACGCUGAAUCUGAGGACUCUCCGGAUUCAAAAAUAGGAAUUCCCUGCACCAGCCCCGAGGACACCGUCACAGCCCGAGCCCUGGGCCUGUCCUACUCGGACGUCAUUGAGACGCUGCCGGACGGCACGGAGAGGCUGAGCGGCUCCGCGGAGUUCACAGGUCUGAGCCGGCAGGAUGCGUUUCUCGCCGUGACCGAGAAGGCCCGGAGGAAGGGAGUGGGCGGAGACGUGACCAGCGGUAAGCUGAAGGACUGGCUGAUCUCCCGGCAGCGCUACUGGGGCACCCCGAUCCCCAUGAUCCACUGCCCGGCCUGCGGCCCCGUGCCCGUGCCGCUGGAGGACCUGCCCGUGACCCUGCCCAGCGUCACGGCCCUCACCGGCAAGGGAGGCUCCCCGCUGGCCUCGGUGUCCGAGUGGGCCAACUGCCCCUGCCCCAGGUGCAAGGGCGCAGCCAAGAGAGAGACAGACACGAUGGACACCUUUGUGGAUUCCGCCUGGUACUACUUCCGGUACACCGACCCCCGGAACGCACACAGCCCUUUUAGCCCCGCGCUGGCAGAUUACUGGAUGCCUGUGGAUCUGUACAUUGGGGGGAAGGAGCACGCCGUCAUGCACCUGUUCUAUGCGAGAUUCUUCAGUCAUUUCUGCCACGAUCAGAAAAUGGUCAAGCACAGAGAGCCUUUCCAUAAGCUGCUGGCCCAGGGCCUUAUCAAGGGGCAGACGUUCCGCCUUCCUUCGGGGCAGUAUCUGCAGCGAGAGGAGGUCGAUCUCACAGGUCCUGUCCCUGUUCACGCCGAAACCAAGGAGCGGCUGGAGGUGACGUGGGAGAAGAUGAGCAAGUCCAAGCACAACGGCGUGGACCCCGAGGAGGUGGUGCGGCAGUACGGCAUCGACACGGUGCGCCUCUACCUGCUCUUCGCCGCGCCCCCGGAGAAGGACAUCCUGUGGGACGUCAAGACCGACGCGCUGCCGGGCGUGCUGCGAUGGCAGCAGCGGCUGUGGUCCUUGGCGACCCGCUUCAUCGAGGCCAGGGCUUCCGGGGAGGGUCCCAGGCCCCAGCGGCUGAGCAGCGAGGAGAGAGCCGAGGCCCGCAAGCUCUGGGCGUACAAGAACACCAUCAUCUCCCAGGUGACUGCCAACUUCACGGAGGACUUCUCCCUGAACUCGGCCAUUUCUCACCUGAUGGGCCUGAGCGGGGCCCUCUGGCAAGCCUCUCCGAGGGUCGUCCUCCACAGCCCCGAGUUCGAGGACGCUCUGUGUGCCCUGCUGGUGAUGGCCGCUCCGAUGGCCCCUCACAUAACCUCCGAGCUCUGGGCAGGCCUGGCACUGGUGCCCAGGAAGCUCUGCGCCCACUACGCCUGGGACACCGACGUGCUGCUGCAGCCGUGGCCGGCUGUGGACCCGGAGUUCCUGCAGCCGCCCGACGUCGUGCAGAUGGCCGUGCUGAUCAACAACAAAGCCUGCGGCCAGGUGCCUGUGCCCCAGCACGUGGCCCGGGACGCGGACAGAGUCCACGAGCUGGUCCUGCAGAGCGAGCUGGGCGCCAGGCUCCUGCAGGGGCGCAGCAUCAAGAAGGCCUUCCUCUCACCCAGGACGGCCCUCAUCAACUUCCUGGUGCAGGAGUGACCCCGCCGGGUCCCCGAGGGACCUCUGUCGAGGCCUGGACGACGACGAGGACAAUGCUGGCCAGGGCGGGGAAAGACCAAAGUCCUGAAUGUUUACCUUCGCGCUCCAACAGAUGGGCAUCGGCAGAGCGCCGUGUGGUGUGGCCUGGUGCAGGGUGAGGGUGGGAGAGGAGAAAGAUGAGUGAGCGGGGAGGGCAGCCUGCCCCCGCACUACUCUAUGGAGGAAGCCAUCGACCCCAUUGAAGCCACCGGGUGACGGCUGGGUGGGCACGGGAAGCGAUGGGCAUAGCAGGGGCAGCCCUCAGGGACACCCAAGAACAUGCGGGUAAACCGAGCAGCCCCAGGAGGCUCAGGAGCAGCGUGGACAGUCCCUCCGAACUGGGCAUCGCGGUGGCGGGCUUCUCGCUCGGGCUAGAUGGGAGAGCCGUGUGGGCCCAAACUGCCAGCACCCGGGUGGACGCUGGACCCCUCAGACGUAGCGGUGCCAGUCCCUGUGCCAGCGUCCCCACUGCUCCUCAGUUCUGCCCCACUGGAUGCGCCCGCCCCCCGCCGGGCAGAGCCCCACUCGCCACCCUGAGCGAGGAGCCGCCGGGCUGCCCGCCCCCCGGGGGGAGCACGUGCUGUGCAGCGAGGCGGGACAGGCCGCCUCCAGCCUCGGAUGGAACCGAUCUCGGAGCUGCCGCAGCCCCGCAGGGUGUCUGCUCACCGGCCCCAGAGGGCGACGCUGCCUCUGAGACCAUCCCCGGAGCCAGCCUCAGAGCGGGCUCACCACAUGAUGGGACCGGCGCCGCCCGGCGUGGCCGCCUGUGUCCGAGCCGCCGCUGCCGGCUGCCGGGAGGCGGCCAGGAACGCACCUGUGUUGGCGGCGAACUAGGAUCAUCCUGGUUGUACGUGAACUCAGCAACUCCCACCAGAACGGACCGAAGCCACGAGGCGUGUUCAUGGGGAGAGGAGGAAGAGCUAGCCAGUUUGUGAUGCUGAAAAUGUGUCUUUUUCUGAAGUGGCCUCAGGUGCAGUCCCCCCCCCCGCGGCCCAGCGGUUAACAGAUGCCUUUUUUAAUGCAAUAAAGGGUUUGUCUUGUAUGUCUCCGGGACAGCUGUGUGAUCCUGGAGUUAAUCAGGCCCAGACCGAGGCCCUCCGUCACCAUCGGAGCGCUGGCUGUGAGCCUGGCCCCACGUGGAAGCCAUAAAGUGAGACGCAUGGGGAACAGGCAGCCCCUUCGUGCAGCGAUUGAGUCACCGGCUCUCAAACUUGGCUCAGACCGCGAAUACCAUGCCUGGUCCCCAUGCCCAGAAAUCCUGAUCCAACUGACCCUCUGAGGGGCCACCAGCCCAUCCGAAACCUGGACGGCUCCUCAGCCUUCCUGCAUCUGAACCAGGAUGUCUAGUCCUCCCUCUCCGUCAUGCCCAGCUGCAGUGGGGUGUGUUUGGUCCAGAAACCCAGCGUGAUGGAGUGAGCUGGGAAGAUGGGGACCAGGAGGGAAGGCCGGGCCACACCUCCAGGCAGGCACGUAAGGUGUUCCCAGAGCGCCUGAGGGCGCACGGCCUGUGCCAUGUGCCAGUAAAGGCUUAGGAAAUAUAAGCAAACGGGCGAGGAUAUUGGGUACGAGGAGUGAAGGGUGUUUUUGCUCGUCUUGUUUAUUCCUGCCGUAAGCCGUCAGCAAGGCGAGGACAGGGGGCGCACAGUCUGGCCAGCGCCGGGGCCAGGAGAGCCUCGCGGCUCCUGAAUUGACCCGCACGGCUUUGACCUGGACUUUCUCCGAGAGCGGGAGGCUCUGGAAGCAGCUCAGAGGCGCCAGAGAGAGCUCAGUGGGAGCCGAGGCGGGAGCUCUCCUCCCUGGGGGUGGGGAAGGGAGGAAGUGAUCUCAGUUCUUUAUUAACUGCCUCCAUUGGGUCAAAACUAGACCCAACGAGUUCCCUUGCGCAUUAUGUCAUUUAAUUCCCACAAACACCCUGGAGGGAAGGAAGUAUCUCUCAUAGAUAUGAAGAAACCCAGGCUCCGAGCUUGGGUAAUCUGUUUCCACAGCUAAUGAGUAGAAGAGCCAGGAUCCAAGCCCACGUCUUCUGGCCUCCAGAUUCCCUCCCUGCCCCUCUGGGCCACCAGUCCCCUCCUUCAUCUUGCUCAAAGUACGACAGUUGGGAGAGCGGAGGUGUUGGCCAAAAGCUGGCAUUUCAGAGUCGCUGGGGCUCCCCUCCUGUGAGGUCCUCGGUUCCGGGAAGCCGGCAGUCAGGGCGGCGCCCUCAGUACAGGGCCCGGUGUGGGUUCCUUAGGGCUGGAGGUGUUGCCAACCCAGCGGGAGACCGAAGCUCAAGGUCGAUGUCGGCAUUAAUUCUACCUGAGAAAUGAAUGAGGCGAGUUUGUGCACAGGGAACGCGGUGCCGGGGCAGCCCCACAGCAAAUGGCACCACGGCCGUCUGCCCGGGAGAAUGAAAUGAUCCCCGAGACGCUUCACCCCAGCCUACAUACACACCUGAGGACACUGGGUAAGAAAGGCAGGGUGUGUGUGUGUGUGUGUGUGUGUGUGGGUUAUUCCUCACCCAAGGACACGCUUAGAGAGAAGAAGGGAGAUUGAGAGAGAAACAUCGAUCGGUUGCCUUCUGUAUGUGGCCUGACCUGGGAUUGAACCUGCUCCCUCGGUGUGUGCCCUGACUGGGAGUCACCCGGCAACCUUCUGGUUCAACCAACUAAGCCACUCUAGCUGGGCAGGGUGGUUUUGUGUUGUUUUUUUUUUAAAAAAAUGUAAUUUGGACAUUUGCUCAUGAAUAAAGCAGUACCUGUAUAAAUACAAUUCCAACCAUCACUUUUUCAAUUCUGGCCUUUACACAGAGAGAAGGGAAUUUUCCCACAUAUCACCGGUUAAGAGUCCUAUACGUUACCUUCCCUCUGUUCACUUUUUUGGCAUCUUCAAAUUCCUGUGGCCGUGCAGUAGUUCAGCCAUGGGGGGAAAACAUCAAAAUGUACAAUUUUGUGCAGCUCCUAAUGAGCUGAAGACCUGUCCCCGGGAGGUCUCUUUCCUCCCAGCCAGGGCAUCUGGCUGCCAUGGAGAUGUGCCCCCGUCAGGAAAAGAUACGCCUUCUCUUGUGGACAGUGGACGCCAAAGCAGCCAGCCAGCGCCGGCCCGUCAAGCUCCUGUUUGCAGGGCCUCGGCGUGGGCAGGUGUGGGAGCCCCCUCUCACCUCUGAGCCCGAGGAUCUCGCCGCCUGAGGACAGAGCCGAAGACGCAUUCCCCUCACGGGACUCCCCUGUUCUUGGCGGCAAGGCGAUGCGGCGGGCCAGGGUUCGAGCUCUGCGCUCAGCCAGACCUGGGCUGUGUGACCCAGUGGCGAGGUCGCUGAGAACCUCAAAGCCGAGGCAAGCCAUGGAACCUCUGAACCUUGCUCGAAGUACAACCAUAAGUAGGAGU